AGGAAGACAUUACAUAAGAAGUUUAACAAGUGGCCUGACAUGAGCAUAGUUUCUCUUUCUCGAUAGCUUAUAGUGACUAGAGGGUUAAGUAUAAAUGUGCCUUCAAGCCUGUAAUUAUUAACUGGCUUAGUAACUGCACAUAACAUCUUGCAGCGUCUGUGAAAUGUAUAUGCACUGAAACCCACUUGCUUAUACACAUACAGACAUGGACAUCACAUCUAAGAAACUUCAGCUAAAGUCAGAGGUGGGACUGAUGGGAGGAAUCUCCCUUGUCGCAGGGGUCAUGAUUGGCUCAGGGAUCUUCAUGUCCCCACAAACUGUACUGCUGAACAUCGGGAGUCCUGGGGCUAGCUUGGUGAUCUGGACCUGCUGUGGGUUGUUGGCAAUGCUGGCAUCACUGAGUUAUGCUGAGCUAGGAACAGUAAUCCGUGAAUCUGGAGGUGAAUACAUCUAUAUAAUACGCACUUCAGGCAACCUGAUGGCUUUUAUUUUUGCCUUCACCUCUGUGCUGGUUGUGAGGCCAACCAGUAUGGCUGGAGUGGCUCUCAGCUUUGCCCAGAACGCUGCCGCACCCUUCUAUGAAAACUGUGCACCUCCAGAUGUGGUGGUGAAGUCUGUAGCUGCUGUUGGCCUCUUAAUCUUGGCCAUAGUGAACUGCCUGAGUGUGCGUUUUUCCAUAGCUGUCAGUACAAUCCUCAUGGCAGCAAAAUUUUUUGGACUGGUGGUUAUUUCCAUCGGUGGUGUGGUGUUGCUUAUUCAAGGAAACACCAGUAAUCUUCAAAAUUCAUUUGAGGGGACCAAUCAAAGCAUUGGUGUAAUUGGAAUGGCUUUUUAUCAGUGUUUGUGGUCCUACGAUGGCUGGAACAACCUGAACUCUGUGACUGAAGAGCUUAAGCGUCCUGAGGUAAAUCUCCCCCGGGCAUUAAUGAUUGCCAUCCCAACUGUAACACUCCUCUACUUGCUGGUCAAUGUCAGUUAUCUGGCUGCCAUGACUCCAAGAGAGAUAAUGGUAUCCAGUGCUGUGGCAGUUACUUGGGGUAAUAAGGUCCUGGGCAGCUGGGGCUGGAUGAUGUCUAUUGCAGCAGCAUUGUCAUCCUUCGGCUCUCUGAAUGGAUCAUUAUUCUGUGGAGGACGAAUUUGCUUUGUAGCUGCUCAAGAGGGUCAUAUGCCUAACAUCCUGGCCAUGGCCCAUGUGCGGCGCCUCACUCCCUUUCCAGCUCUUAUCUUUACCACCAUCAUCUCCCUCUUUGUGCUCAUUCCUGGAGAUUUUCAGGGCAUCGUCACUUUCUUCAGCUUUACAGCCUGGUUCUUCUAUGGAGUUACGAUAGGAGGAUUACUCUAUCUAAAAAUAAAAUUUCCGGAUCUUCCUCGUACAUACACGGUACCCAUUUUUAUCCCUGUCCUGGUGCUGCUGAUGGCUGUGUUCCUGGUUCUAGCACCCAUCAUUGACAAUCCUCAGCUUGAGUACCUGUAUGUCACCCUCUUCAUUCUAAGUGCAGCUUUGAUUUAUAUUCCAUUCAUUCACUUUAAACUGUGUCCAGGCUUGCUGGACAAACUCACAGUGGUCCUUCAGCUCUUCUUGGAGGUGGCACCAGUUGACAAAAAUGUAUGAAACAACAUAUUAGACCGUGAAGCAAAGCUUUUUGGUCUCUUGCUGGUCAAUAUUUGGCCCUUAAUUUUUCGCCAAAUUCACCAGUCAUUUACAGCCUAAAUUACUUAUAUUUCUUAGCCGUUAUAAUUUUGGCUGAGUUUUCCAAAAGCAUUGCAGCACAAACAUUGCUAUUAAGUGGUAGAGCAAGUAUCACAUUGGAUAGUCUUUAUACAUACUGUAUUAAGAUCAUCUUAACUUUUUAUCCUUUUAAGGAAAUGGGUUUACAUUACCUGUCUUUUUGCCUGAGCUGUUGUCAUAUUUUCUUU